UUUAGUAUAGUUGAGUCCAUCCUCCUUGUUUAGGCCACCAACUCUUGGCGCUGUUGUUCCUGAAACAACACCAUAACCUCAAAUGUCACAACAUUCACAGUCUCCUGUGGCGAGUUGAGUUUUUCUCUGUUUCUACCAUAAAUAUUUCCUCUGAAUAACGCUCAAAAUGGAUUAUUUCGUAACGAACAAUUCGUUGGCACCAGCUCCAAUGGGAAUUCAGAGUACGGCGGGUGCAGUCCCUGUGAAAAAUGACAAAGGUCAAGUGUCGAUGAAAAAAGUUAAAGUCCACAGAUAUGUGUCAGGAAAACGUCCAGAUUAUGCACCAGUGGCAAGUUCAGACGAGGAGUCUGAGGAAGAUGAUUUUAUGGACAGGCGUGUAGGAAGAGUUCAUCCGGAUGGAGGACAACAAGGUGACGAAUCAGGUGGCGAAGCGGAGGGUCCAAGUGCUCCUGAUGAAGACGAUCCCCGAUUGCGGAGGCUGACACGUUUAGAACGACAGAAAGGAAAAGAUGCAGGCGAGGGUGGAGCAGACGACGCGGCAAAUGAGGUACGAGAUAUUGAAAUUCGUAGUGAGAGAUAUCGUCGAGUUCACGAGCCAGAAAUAUUGGAGACAACGGAGUCGGAGAGACCUCGAGAGAGGAUUAAACUCGAGAGUUCAGACGAUUCUGAAGAUGAAGAGCUGUCAGACACUGAGAUCGAGAGGAGACGUGAGGCUCUCAAGGCUAGGGUACUCUCCAAGAAGGAAACUGUUGAGGACUUGAUGCACGACGAUGAGGAGGAGAAAUCGGGAAGCAGUAGUGAUGAGAGCUCUGAGUAUGAGGAAUACACGGACUCUGAGGAAGAGACUGGGCCCAGGUUGAAGCCGGUGUUCGUCAGGAAGAAGGACAGAAUCACAGUGAUGGAGAAGGAGAAGGAAGCUAUUAAGCAAAAACAGGCAGAAGCUGAGAGCAAACGAAUGGCGGAAGAACGAAAACGACAAACACUCAGGAUGGUGGAGGAGGCAAUUCGUAAAGACACUACGAAUACAAAGUCGACGGAGACUAUUGAGGGACAGUUGAACGAUGUCUGCACUGAUGACGAGAACGAUGAAGUCGAAUAUGAGGCUUGGAAAUUGAGGGAGUUGAAGAGGAUUAAACGUGAUCGCGAAGAACGUGAAGCAAUCGAGAAGGAACGCAUGGAGACUGACAGACUCCGUAAUUUGACUGAGGAAGAGAGACGUCAAGAAGCCCGAAUUAAUCCUAAAAUUGUCACUAACAAAGCGGCAAAAGGAAAAUACAAAUUUCUCCAGAAAUUUUACCACAGAGGUGCAUUCUACCUGGACAAGGACGAAAGUGUAUUCAAGCGUGACUUCUCUGGUGCAACAUUGGAGGAUCAUUUCGAUAAGACAGUUUUACCAAAAGUAAUGCAGGUGAAGAACUUUGGUAGAAGUGGAAGAACAAAGUAUACUCAUCUUGUGGACCAGGAUACAACGCAAUUUGACUCCCCCUGGAUAUCGGAAACAGCACAAAACCUUAAAUUUCACAAUAAUCAAGCAGCUGGAAUGAAACAGGUGUUUGAUAGGCCGUCAUUGAAAAAACGAAAAGUCAUGAAUUGAAAGAUUUAUCAACUUUAUUGUAACAAAUUCUCAAUAUUUACAUCAAUAUAUUUUAUGCAAAUAUACUAAACAAACUUAUUUUGGAAUAAAUUAAAAAAACAGACCCUUUACGUCAAGUGAAUUUAGUCGUUACAAGUGAAGGAAUUGCUACACAAUUAAAUUAUCUGUAGAGACAAAAUUCAACUGACCAAAAAAAAAAAUCUUAAACGAAAAUUGUCUUAACGUGCUUUGAGUUAAUGAUAAAUAUUCGUUGCAACAGACAAGAUCAAAGAUUUAUAUUAAUAGAAUAUUCAACUGAAACUUAAACCCUAUUUUUGUCUUGAUAAUUCUUAUAUAAAUCAGAAUUGGACAAGCGCGAAAAUUCCUGUAAUCAGAGUGAAGUUAAAAAUGUUUGGAAAUUAUAUCGGGAUCAUAUGAGAACAAUCACCAAAUGCUUAUCAUUAAGAUAAUUAAUUAUAUUGAUUUAACAUAUUUUCCUAUCAUACAACUAACGAAAUCCGCAUCACAUAGGUUGCUUUUAUCGCAAGAAAUAUAAUAUUACAUAUUUUCAUCUCUAUAAUCUAAAUUAUUUCACUUUUACUGAAUUGCACAUCACUCAAGGAUACAAUCAAGGUACAAUCAAAAAAGUAUAAAAAUAAGAAAAUGAUCGCUUUCAAAGAGCGUUUUUAACGCUCCGUUAUGUCCCACUUUCUCAGAUUUUUUUAUCACCUUACAGUAAAGCGUCAGUAACACGUGGAAAAAAUCGAUUGCAUUGUAAUUUCGAAUGGCGCGUAGGUCCCCAUUAAAUUUUUAUUCCGAACCUCCGGGCUGUGUGAUAAUGAUACAUAAAUUUUUAGAAAAAUAAAGUUUAUUAUUUAAAAUCA